AUGAUGUCCGAACUUCUACUUCUUGGUCCUAUAUUUUCUGCCCCACAUGACACAAUCAUCUACUUUGUUGUGUUAUUCCACGGUGGUCUUUAUCCUUCCGUAGAAACUUUUUGUUGUUUCUUUUACUUCGAUGAUCACAUGUUCCGAUGUUCUCGUAUUCUCGGAUGUCUUUCUCUCUUUGGAGGCACCUUCUCCUUUUUUGACACCUCCUCUUCCAAAGUUUUCUCUGCUUUCCAGAGCUCUCCAACAGCUUCAAACGGUGGUCCCAGUCGUCUACUGGAGGCUGAUUUCAGUAUUGAGGACACAGCUGCAACCACGACGGCUGGCUCGGGAAGCCGCGUAGCCGAGGCGUCGACCUCAGACUACCGAGUAGCAGUGUUCGGUGCUGGAGGCGUCGGAAAAUCAUCGAUUGUGCAAAGAUUCGUAAAAGGAACAUUCAAUGAGAACUAUGUUCCAACAAUAGAAGACACGUACCGACAAGUGAUAAGCUGUAAUCAGAAAAAUGUUUGCACACUUGAAAUCACGGAUACGACUGGAAGCCAUCAGUUCCCAGCAAUGCAAAGACUAUCGAUCAGCAAGGGGAAUGCGUUCAUUCUGGUCUACAGUGUCGGAAAUAAACAAUCGUUCGCUGAGCUGGGACCGAUUGUGGAGAUGAUGAAAGAGGAGAAAGGAAAUGCAAUUUUAUCAACUCCAAUAAUGUUGGUUGGAAACAAAAAGGAUGAGGAAUCGAAAAGAGAUGUUGGAACCGCUGCAGGACAGAAGAUUGCAAACCUCUGGGGCUGUGGAUUCAUCGAAACAUCUGCCAAGAACAAUGAGAACAUCACUGAACUUUUCGAAAAGCUUUUGGCAAUGGAAAAAUCAAGACAACUCACAUUGACUGCUAACGAUGCGGAUGGCAAAAAUGGGAAAAAGAAAGCGUGUCAAAUAAUGUAG